CGGCGCGUCCCUGCUGCUGCUCGACUGCCGGCCGCACGAGCUCUUCGAGUCGUCGCACAUCGAGACGGCCAUCAACCUGGCCAUCCCGGGCCUCAUGUUGCGCCGCCUGCGCAAGGGCAACCUGCCCAUCCGCUCCAUCAUCCCCAACCAUGCCGACAAGGAGCGCUUCGCCACGCGCUGCAAGGCGGCCACUGUGCUGCUCUAUGACGAGGCCACGGCCGAGUGGCAGCCCGAGCCUGGCGCUCCCGCCUCCGUGCUCGGCCUGCUCCUACAGAAGCUGCGCGACGACGGCUGCCAGGCCUACUACCUCCAAGGUGGUUUCAACAAGUUUCAGACAGAGUACUCUGAGCACUGCGAGACCAACGUGGACAGCUCUUCCUCACCGAGCAGCUCGCCACCCACCUCAGUGCUGGGCCUGGGGGGCCUGCGCAUCAGCUCUGACUGCUCCGACGGCGAGUCGGACCGAGAGCUGCCCAGCAGUGCCACCGAGUCGGAUGGCAGCCCUGUGCCAUCCAGCCAACCAGCCUUCCCUGUCCAGAUCCUGCCCUACCUCUACCUCGGCUGCGCCAAGGACUCCACCAACCUGGACGUGCUCGGCAAGUACGGCAUCAAGUAUAUCCUCAACGUCACACCCAACCUACCCAAUGCCUUUGAGCACGGCGGCGAGUUCACCUACAAGCAGAUCCCCAUCUCUGACCACUGGAGCCAGAACCUCUCCCAGUUCUUCCCUGAGGCCAUCAGCUUCAUUGAUGAAGCCCGCUCCAAGAAGUGUGGUGUCCUGGUGCACUGCCUGGCAGGCAUCAGCCGCUCAGUGACGGUCACUGUGGCCUAUCUGAUGCAGAAGAUGAACCUGUCACUCAACGACGCCUACGACUUUGUCAAGAGAAAAAAGUCCAACAUCUCGCCCAACUUCAACUUCAUGGGGCAGCUGCUGGACUUUGAGCGGACGCUGGGGCUAAGCAGCCCGUGCGACAACCAUGCGCCGAGUGAGCAGCUCUACUUUUCCACACCCACCAACCACAACCUGUUCCCACUCAAUACGCUGGAGUCCACGUGAGGCCUGGUGCACGGGGGGCAUGGCACCAGGCCCCUGCUCGGCUCUCCACAAGGCUAGGUGGGAGAGCCCAAGCCUGCCACCUCUGGCCUGAGGAACCCCCAGAUGUCGCCUGUGCCCAGAGACCCAGGCUGCUCGGUGUCGGAGCGCCCCUCACCAUCUUGGGGGCGGGGCCCGCAGGCAAGGUCUCCGUCUGCAGGGCUUGCUGGAGAGGCCUCGGCUCUCGGACACGUGGCUUUGGGCGUCCACCAGGGCCUCAUCCUGUCCAGGAUGCUCCUUUCUGCUGAUGGCCCAGCCAGUUUGGCUAUUUUUUAAAGACACAUCCACGGACCUGAGUUUACUUUUUACUUUUGGCAGGUAAAUCCAAGCUCCCUGGAGCACAAAGAGUGUUUGAGCUCUUCUUGAUUUUUUUUUUUUUUUUUUUUUUUUAACAAAAAGUGUUAUUUUCAGGCUACAUGCAACAGUGGAUUGUAUAACCCAGUAUUUCAUCCCUUUUCUGAUCCUGCGAGAGAGAGAAAUGUUAUCAGUUUUGUUUUUCGUUCAAUUUCAAAAAGCAAGUAUUGUGUUUGUUUUUGUUUUUUAAUGGAAAAGACAGACCCCAUGUUGACCUUGACCAAAUGCGUUUUGCACAUGUGUGAAGCCUCCAUUUCCUCGACGGGCCCUUCUUGAAGGGGUGGCUUACUGCUCUUCAGGUAUUGGGACCCCCAGUCGUGCCGCCUCCCACCCUUGGCCCAGUCUGACUUGGCCCUGCAUUCGCCUGUGAUGACUGCUGCAAGUUGUGAUUGGUGGGCUGGAUGGUGGUCUUUGCAUUUUCUGCCCUCUCAUCCAUCCCUCUGGUGGUCCCUGCAGACCUCCCUGAGGCAGAAGGUGGGGAACCCGGGUCCCUGCCGCUGUCCCGCAGAAGGUGGGCCGCAGGGGGCUGCCAGGCAGUAGCAUUAGCCCUCUGGGCUCAGCCCCUAGGAGGGCCUGGGCUCUGAGCCCUUUUAUAUACUUAGCCACUACUUCUGUCUGUCUGUUUCUCUCUCUCCCUCUC